AAGGAUGCGUUGAGUUGUAAGAAGUACGUUUCACAUUUCGACGAGUCAGAAAACCGAUCCAAGUAGGCAAAGAUGUUCAAGUUUCUCCUCGUAGCAGCUCUGGUACCGGCCAUGGCUCUGGCCGCCGUUGACUUCACCCCGUGUGGAGAUGGUAUUCCGGUGCCAGACACCCUGACCGUCAACGACUGUGCCGGUUCGGAGUGUCAGCUGACUGCCGGAGAACCCCUGAGAGCGGUUGCCAGUGGAAUCGUGAGUCCAGUCGGUAGUGCCACGGCCGAAGCCUACAUCAUUGUUCGUGUCGGUGGUUUGGACGUUGGUUACGAGAUGCCACCGGAGUAUCAAGAUGCCUGCACCACUGGCAUCGAGGGAGGCUGUCCGAUCGUGGCAGGAACGGCUUUCAACUAUAUUUACGACGAUGAUGGUCUCGAUGUGCCGGCCCGUGGAACUACCAUCGAAAUUGAAGUCGGCCUGACCGGCGACAACGAUGUCGCUUUGGGUUGUGCGAAAUUCAACGCCGUCAUUAACUGAUCAGAUGAUCAAACUGAUUGCAUCUUGGAAAUAAACUCUAUUUUGUUAUGCUUCAAAUAA